UUUAUAGCUAUUCGUUGCGUUUUCACCAUCACCGAACAUCUCAUUCUCCUCUUCCACUCUUCACUUCUCUGUUUUCUUACUCACCAUGGAAAUGCAACUUCCUUCUUGGGUUUCUUAUGCAGCUGCUUGGAUGGCCACUCUCGCCCUCCUCCUCCUCUCCCGCCGCCUCUGUCGCCGCAAACUCAAUCUCCCACCGGGACCGAGGCCGUGGCCGUUGAUCGGAAAUCUCAACUUGAUUGGCUCUCUGCCCCACCAAUCCAUUCAUCAACUCUCCAAAAAAUACGGCCCCAUUAUGCAUCUUCGUUUCGGGUCAUUCCCUGUUGUGGUCGGAUCCUCUGUCGAAAUGGCAAAGAUUUUCCUCAAAACGCAUGAUCUCAACUUCGUGUCCCGUCCCAAAACCGCCGCUGGAAAGUACACCACCUAUAACUAUUCCGACAUUACUUGGUCUCAAUACGGUCCUUACUGGCGCCAAGCUCGGAAGAUGUGUUUGAUGGAGCUUUUCAGUGCUAGACGACUUGAUUCUUAUGAGUAUAUACGCAAGGAGGAAAUGAAUGCUCUGCUUAAAGAUAUUUACAAGUCCCGUGGUCAAGUGAUCAAGCUUAAGGAUUACUUGUCUACAGUGAGUUUGAAUGUGAUAAGUCGGAUGGUGUUGGGAAGGAAGUAUACGGAUGAGUCAGAGAAUGCGAUUGUUAGUCCAGAUGAGUUCAAGAAAAUGUUGGAUGAGUUGUUCUUGCUGAGUGGUGUGCUUAACAUUGGGGAUUCAAUUCCAUGGAUUGAUUUCUUGGAUUUGCAGGGUUAUGUGAAGAGAAUGAAGGCGUUGAGCAAGAAGUUCGAUAGGUUUCUUGAACAUGUGUUGGAUGAACAUAAUGAAAGGAGAAAGGGAGUUGAGAAUUAUGUGGCUAAAGAUAUGGUGGAUGUUUUGUUGCAACAGGCUGAUGAUCCUAAUCUUGAAGUCAAACUUGAAAGGCAUGGAGUCAAGGCGUUUACUCAAGAUCUAAUAGCAGGAGGAACAGAGAGUUCAGCAGUAACAAUAGAGUGGGCAAUAUCAGAACUUUUAAAACAACCAGAGAUCUUCGACAAGGCAACUGAAGAGCUAGACAGAGUGAUCGGAAGGGAAAGAUGGGUAGAAGAGAAAGACAUUGUUAACCUACCAUACAUUAAUGCAAUUGCAAAAGAGACAAUGAGGCUGCACCCUGUAGCACCAAUGUUAGUGCCAAGAAUGUGUCGAGAGGAUUGCCAAAUUGCAGGGUAUGACAUAGCCAAAGGCACCAGGGUGCUUGUGAAUGUAUGGACCAUUGGGAGAGACCCAACAGUGUGGAAAAAUCCAUAUGCAUUUGACCCAGAAAGGUUCAUGGAAAAUAGUAUUGAUGUGAAAGGUCAAGAUUUUGAGCUUCUGCCAUUUGGGUCUGGAAGGAGAAUGUGCCCUGGGUAUAGUCUUGGUUUAAAGGUUAUUCAGUCAAGUUUGGCUAAUUUAUUGCAUGGGUUUUCUUGGAAAUUGCCUGGGGAUAUGGAGAAGGAAGAUUUGAAUUUGGAAGAAAUUUUUGGUCUUUCUACUCCUAAGAAAUUCCCACUUGAUGCUGUUGCUGACCCAAGACUUCCUCCUCAUCUUUACUCUUUGUGAUUAAGAAUUUUGUUAAGAUGUGUAAUAGCUUAAUUAAGAGACUCUAUUAAUCUUAUGAACUUAAAAUAUGCAUCCUUGAUGUAUCAAUGUCUUGGUUUGAAAUGAAAUGUAUUUCCCAUAUUAAUUACCUAGUGUGUUGUAAUAAAAUAAGCUUCCUUCAUGGCUUGAAUAAAA